AUGAAAAAGCCUCCACAGCCUCCUUCUACACAGCCGCACUUUCGUAGAGAAUUUUUUCAUGGCCUGGAUUAUUUAAGGCGUCGCGAAGAAGAAGAGCGUAAGCGUCGUGCACGUGCUGCUGCUUUUGCCGGCCGUGCCUUCACUGCCUCUGAUUCUGGACACUCUGCUAUGCCUGCUUCUACGCCUGCGUCUGCUCCUGCUGCUGCUGCUUCCUCUACAUUUGCCUCUUCCGUUGUUCGACCUAAAAAUCGUUCACCGGUUGUGAGCCGUGUUCUUGGUCGUAGUAUCAGUAGUGGUAGUGGUAGUGCUGUUCUCGUAGCUGAAAAGCCUACAUUUGCUUCCUCUGUUUCUCAACAAUCUUGUUGGUCUCAUGCUGCAUCUCGUAGUGCUGCUAGUAGUGCUGUUACCGCCCCGGCCAUUGUAGCUGCUGAUGAAGCACCUGUUAUGGUUCAACCUGAGGUCUACCGAUUGCCUUCUUUUCCUUCUGUUGCUGUUGCUAUUGAUGUGCAUGAAAGUAGUCCGCAAACUCUUGUUUCAAGCUACAAAUAUUUUGGCUCUCUCGCAAAAGGCUUUCGACGUAGUGGUCUUCCGCUCAUGUUAUGUUUGUGGUUACAUCGCAAUCGACUUUCUUCGGAUCGUUGUGCGCGUGUGCUUGCUCGCAAGGGUAAGUUGGCUCGACGUAACCGUAUGCAUCAACGUUCGAUUAGUAAGGACGAUGUUAUGGAUUGGGAAUUUACUGGUCCCUGUACAGAAAUUCACUUUCCCUCUGGCUCUCCCAUGAUGAUCGAUGAAGAUUAUACCUCUUCGGAUUACUUCUCUUCUUGUUCUGUUGGUUGUAAUUCUCACGCUGUUUCUCAUGAAAUAGCUGUUGACAUUAUAUAUGAGGAGGAUAUUAUAAUGGAAGUGGCUUCACAUUCACUUGCUGGUCAUGACUCUACUGUUACUACUGCUAGUUGGCCAUUGAUUUCAGUGAAGAACACUGAUACCGCUGUUGUUGUUGUUGAUGCCUCAUCAGCAGCAUCAUCAAGUAUUAAUUCUCUUACUGUGAAUGACGUCUGCCCUACUGCUGUAUCGACUUCUUCUUGCUCUGCUGAGGUUCGUGCAACAGCUGUGGCUACUCUUGAUGCUAGCGUUGAUUGUCCUGAAAGCGAAUCUGCUCCUCAUUGCCCUGGUGAUCAAGGUGCCUCUGCCACGGUUGCUUCUUCUUCCUCUUCUGCGCCGGUUCUUCGCGAAUGUCUGGUACGUAGCCUUGAUCCAGUGGCCUCUUCUAAUUCCGUUUCUUUAAAAGAAACGAUGACAACAAUCACUGCUGCUGCUUCUUCUUCUUCAGCUUCCACUUCUUUAGCUGCCGAUUCCUCCGUUCAACAACGGGUUAUCGCCGUUCCUCGGUUCAGAAAAUCUGCCAGGAAAACACCAACAACAACAACAAUAACAACAGCCACAACAGCCGUAGCCGCAGCAACAGCAACUAACACCACCACUACCACUACCAUUACUUCCGCCUCCUCCACCACAACAACUGCAACAACAUUAUCAGCGGGAAAUUCUACUGCUAACGCAGCCUCCGAUGAUGAUGAUGAUGAUGAGGAUAUGAUUGCCGAAUUGGCACGUGUCAUCGACUUGCAGUUCGAAAAGGAGUUGUAA